GGCUCGACGGACACCUGUAACCACGCAGACUCCCUGCAGCACGGGACGGCGCGAAGGAACUCACCCGAUAGGGGACCGUAUCGGUCGCAGAUCAUUCAGGAUACCGCGCGUUGACGUCUGCUCCGCUGCCUCCAUUGAUCAUCCUCCGAUCAAUCGUCGAGUGACAGUGGACGUGCCGGUUGUUGUUUUGCUACACUCGGCCUUCUUCGCUUCCCGCUUAGCUUCGCCAAGUGUGCACACGAGUAGCGUUUAACCGAGUUACAUCGAGAGCGGAAUAAUUGGAAGCGAAGUUCGGUUCGGUCGUUACACCGAUUCCAUUGAUCGGAGAUCUUGGAGUAUUUUUUCAUUGGCUUCGUCGAAGAUGGAUGGAUCGCCAAAGGUAGCGCGAUUUUACGUUACGAUAUCCACCGAUCAUCGAGAGAAACACAGUGGUCCCUGAAAGAGCGCGCGCGUGCCAGGACAGUCGUCGAACAUUGGACAAUUGAUAGAGCAGUUCUAAUGCGCGAAGCAGCGGAACGAAUGCCGGUCUUUUAGAAUGUAAAGUGCAUGAAGAUGACGGUAACGAAGAGAAGCGGUGCUAAAGCUUGGCUGCUCUUGUUCCUGUUGCUGAUUCACGAUGGCAGGUGCAUCAAGUGGUUGGCUCUCGGUCGUACCGGAGAUGGCUACACGUGGACGAGGGAGGCCUGCACCAGCGCGAAAAGCUCCGGCCUUUUGGAGAGGAAGCAGGCAAGGGCGUGCAGAGCGACGCCGGACGUUAUGGCCAGCCUGGUGCAAGCGGCCAGGGAUACAUCGACGGUAUGCCAGCAAGCAUUUCGACAUCGUAGAUGGAAUUGCAGCAGCAUCGAGCGUGCGCCGGAUUAUACGCCUGAAUUACUUACCGGAACCAGAGAACAAGCAUUCGUGUACGCUAUGUCGGCUGCAGCUGCAGUUUGGAGGCUAGCGAGAGGAUGCGCUCUGGGCAGUCUAGCGGCUUGUUCCUGCGCCACUCCACCACGAAGAGAGCCACCGUCACCGUCCGCCUUGAUUUCACCAUCGUCCUUCACCGCCACGUCGCUCUCGUUCGGCACACUUUCUGCCAAGAACUCGUUCAAAUGGGGUGGCUGCGGCGACGACGUUAGAUCGGCGUCCAGGAUGGCCAAGAGAUUUCUCCAAGGCGCCACUCCUCCUGGCACAGGUGCAACCGCGAAGUUUAUGCACGCUGUUAACAUGCACAACAACCGGGCGGGUCGAAGGGCAGUGGAACAAUCCUUGACCCUGGAAUGCAAAUGUCACGGAGUUUCCGGCUCGUGCAGCGUGCGUACCUGUUGGAGAGGUCUUGGUUCUUCGGGGCCAGCAGCCGCAGGAAGUCGAUUGCUUCGGAGAUACGCAACUGCGGCGGAAGUUCGGCCGAGGUCAGGAGGCAGGCUACCGCCUCUAUAUCAUCACGAUAAUCUGUUGUACACCACGAAAAGCCCGGACUAUUGUCUUCCUGACAAGAAGAAGGGGAGUCUUGGAACUGUCGGCAGGCAAUGCAAUGGCAGCAGUACCGGAUACGAAGGUUGCGAGUACCUUUGUUGCGGCCGAGGACACGUGACGAAAACGGAAGAAGUUUUAGAGCGAUGCGAUUGCAAGUACAUCAGCUGCUGUUACGUCAAAUGCAAAACAUGCAGGAAAGUUAUGAAAACGUACGAGUGCAAAUGAAUGCACGGAUUCGUAGGAAUCUCGAAUCGAAGCCUGAUCAAGCUCAAAUGGCAAGAAUUCGUGUAAACUGUUCACAGGCGACUCUGUAAACGACAAACUUGUCCAUUGCGUUUAAAAACAUGAAACUUACGCGGUGUGAUUAAUCGUCGCGAUAAUUCGGAACGAUCGGAGGAUGUCGCGAUUGGAAGCGCAUACUUGUAGUUAUUUUUAGAGGUCGUUGUGUAAUUAUAUCGAAAAAUGUGGAAAAUGUACGAAUCAGGCUGGUGAUGGAUUACUCGAACGAAUCGUCAAUGACGAAAACGUUGGAUUAGAAAGUACUUAAUGUUAAAAGGAAACUCGAUGAAACUCUUAUUUAUCUCGUCUACUAUUUAUUGAAAUUUAUGUGUUUGAUACGCUGCGAGUAUAGUACACCAGUGUUGUUAGUCAACAUUUUCCAAAAUAUUGAGAUACGAGGGAAGAUUAGACAUUAAUAACAUCGAUGAAAAACUGAUAUUGGUACACAGGCACAAAACCAGACAACACCGUUAGCAGCAUGUUAGACAUAGGCGUGAUUAGUCGCAAUGUAAAUAAUUCGCUGAAUUCGACGUAGUUUGUAUUGAAAAUUAUAUUCUACAAUAAAUAUCACUUGACACGGAGAA